AUGUCUACCACAAGCCACAUAACAACGCGCCCGGCAAACUCACCAUCUCUACGGCCCAGUAACAUGAUAACUCAAGCCAUGUCAAUGCGCCGGCCCCGACCGGUUAACGUCCAGACUACCAACAUAACGUCGCACCCAGCGACGUUUUACUACUCUACUAUUCCGCCCUCUGCCAUCAGCUCCUCUUCGAUCUCCUCCAGUCCUCAGAACAUGUCCCCCAUCAUGUUCCCGGAGACCCCAGCUAUGACUGCUAACAGCUCCGUUGUUCCUUCCCCCGAUCCCACCCGGGGCUCGACGUCUGAUGACCAAAUCCCUUACCAACAGCUUCCGGAUUCCGUCUUGGCCACCAAACCGAGCCUCUCAUCUCUGUCCCAGCAUGCCGUCGGGAGCCCCAGUCUCUCGCAGGAUCCUCUCGGCUCCGGAAAGAGUGGGCUUGUUCGACGGUUCUCCAACCGUGCUACCAACCUCGUUACUAGACGUAGGCAAUCCUCGGUCGCUCCCAACAGCCGAGAAGGAAGCGUAGGGCCAGCCAUGGUACGCAAGCGCAGCGGCAGCACUGCUACAGCACCUCCGGACCUCAACCCUGUUGGUACUCUUCCCACCGACUCGGAUGAAUCUUUGGAUGAUCGCGAGGAUGGUCCCCACGAUGUCCCCUUCAAGGAGCGGCAUUCCAACGACUCCAAAAACCGCUGGAAGCGCAUCGUACUUCUCCUAGACCCCGACUUUGGGAGAAUCCUCUGGGAUAGCACCAAGAAGAAGCAGAUUCGCAUCGAUGAUAUCAAAGAGAUCCGUACUGGCUCCGACACCAGGCAGUACUGCCGCGACUUCGAUAUCUCCGAUACGGAGGGCACCCGCCUGUUCUCUAUCAUCUACGCUGCCCCGGAACUACAGAAGACUAAGACGCUCCAUCUUAUCGCCGACGAUAUCGGAACGUUCAAGAACUGGACAAGCACCCUGCAGAGGGUGUGGCAGGAUCGACUCGAGAACCUUACGUCUCUCAUGGCCUUUGACGAGAAGGCCAUUGAGAAAUACUGGAAAAGCGAGGUUUUGCUACAGAGCUCUUGUGAGGAUAUUGGGAUGACGGCCGACAACAACGGCGAUCUUGACUUCCAAGGCUUUGAGCGCGUCUGCCGCAGUCUCCAUAUAAACGCCUCCCCUGCUGACCUUCUCUCCCGAUUUCACGCGGCCGACCCCACCGGAACCGGCCGCCUAGACUACGCCAAGUUCAAGGAGUUUGUUAACCUCAUGAAGACUCGUAACGACAUCGCCGAUAUCUACGCCACCCAUGCCAAGAGCUCAAAGGAUGGCCUGUCUAGCCAAGAAUUCCUGGACUUUGUCACCAACGUUCAGGGCGAAGACGUCGAGAAGGACACGGCCAAGUGGAACGCAAUUUACGCCGAGUUUGCCGACGAAGGAACAGGGUCGGUACCCAACAGCAAGGGUGCCAUGUCCGCCGCCGCCUUUACCCGUUUCCUGACCUCUCGCUACAACACCCCGAUCGUAGAGACCCCCAAGGAGAUUACCCUGGACCGGCCUAUGAACGAAUACUUCAUCUCGAGCUCGCACAACACUUAUCUUCUAGGCAGGCAGGUUGUGGGGCAUUCAAGCAUCGAAGGCUACAUCAGCGCCCUUGUCGGUGGCUGCAGAUGUGUUGAAGUAGACUGUUGGGACGGCAAUGAUGGGCAGCCCAUGGUGCUCCACGGGAGAUCGAUGACUACGUCAAUCAGCUUCCAGGAAGUCAUGACCACUAUCAAGCGGUACGCCUUUGUGAAGAGCAAGUACCCUCUCUGGAUCUCCCUCGAGGUGCACACCAACCCCACACAGCAAGCUCGCAUGGCCAACAUUAUGAAGGAGACUUUCGGUGACAUGCUCGUUACUGAGUCUCUCGAUCCAACUGUAGAGAAGCUUCCUUGCCCAAGCGAGCUCAUGGAGAGAAUUUUGAUCAAAGUCAAGAAGACGUACACGCGAGAGGAUCCUCGCCCUCUCGAGAUCACCGGCCGCCGACGUGGCAACAGUCUGACCUCCCCAUACACGAAGCCGCUCGUGGACAACAUUAGCUCGCUCCCGCAAUCGCUUCCCCAAAGCCCUCUCCUAUACCCGCUUUACUCCCGACGCACAGCACCCAGGAAUAAAGUCGACCCGAUAACCGAGGGCGUCUCGCAAGAAAGGGCUAGUAGCAGCGGCAGCAGCGAUGAAGAAAGCGUCGCAGAUGUAUCCAUCGGAAGUAAACCUUCGGACAAGCGUGAGCUCAGGACGGAAAGGGUCUUGGGCGAUCUUGCCGUCUACUGCGCUGGUGUCAAAUUUCGAGGAUUUGAUACCCCAGAAGCGAAGACGUUCAACCACAUCUUCUCCUUUAUGGAAUCAACCUUUUCCAAGUAUGGCAAGCCGAGGGAGGCGAAGAAGCUGCUGGACCGUCACAACAUGCGGUAUCUUAUGCGUGUGUACCCGGACCGGAAACGAAUCUCAUCCCACAACUUUGAUCCCCUGAUCUACUGGCGCCGCGGCGUGCAAAUGGCGGCCCUGAACUGGCAGACGUUCGACCUUGGCAUGCAACUCAACAGGGCCAUGUUUGAGGGCGGGACGGAUAGCACAGGGUAUGUGCUUAAGCCCAGCGAGCUCCGCGAGAUCCAGCACAUGCGUGACGGCUGGAUUGGUAAACGGGAGAGGAAGACGGUUAGCUUCUCCAUCGAUGUGAUCUCGGCACAGCAACUCAUGCGGCCGAGCGGUAUGUCGACAAGCAAAGGCUUUCACCCCUAUAUCGAAGUUGAGGUCUUCCACCCCAACGACAAGCGCUACAAGAAUGAGACCGAUUCUCUUCUCGCUACGGACACAGACACUCCCCUAGUCCACCGGACCCAGAUCAUGCCUGAGAACGGUUUCAAUCCCCGCUUCGACAAGAGAGUCAGCUUCAAGGUCACCACGAAAUACCCAGACCUCGUUUUUGUCCGGUGGUCCGUCAAGCUCUCUUCGGACGGCGAGAGUUACAACGAUCGCCCGCCGGUUGCCACCUUUAUGGCCAAGCUCGCCAAUCUUAAGCAGGGUUUCCGGACAAUUCCGCUUCUCAACCGCAUCGGUGAAGAGUACGUCUUCUCGACCCUAUUUUGCCAUAUCAAGAAGGAUCCCAUCACCCGAAUCCUACUUGACUGCCCCGAGGAUCGCCAGGUUACGGCAGAUUCUUCGGGCAAGUUCCUCAGCAUCGGCCUAGGCGUUUUCGGAAGGUCCAGCGGCAGCCCUCGGGCCACUAUUGAAAAGGCUAGCUCUGAUUCUUCUCUACUCAUCUAG